UAUUUUAACAACACAUUCACCCAGUGUAGAAUUGCCUGUGCUGAUAUUGUUUCAUUUUUAUCUAAUAACUAUCGAAUAAAGUAAGAUCUAAUAUAAAGUAGAACGUAAGAAAUGUCUUCCGAUGAAGAAUCAAUCGAAGGUGAAGAAGGUCCAUAUCUUGGAGAAUAUGAAGGAGAGCGAAAUCAAAAUGAGGAAAGACACGGCAAAGGAAAGGCAAAGUUGCCUAACGGAGAUACUUACGAGGGUUUUUAUGAACAUGGAAAGCGUAAUGGACAAGGAACGUACAAAUUUAGAAAUGGUGCACGAUACACUGGCAGUUACACGAAAGGUAAAAAGAAUGGUUACGGUACAUUCAUCUAUCCAGAUGGAUCAAAGUACAUAGGAAACUGGAUAAAUGACGAAAAACAUGGUUUUGGAACAUACUAUUACGUCAACGGUGAUAUUUAUGAAGGAGACUGGUACGAAAAUAAGAGACAUGGACAAGGUGUGUAUACUUUCAAUGUGACUGGUUCUCGCUACCAAGGCACCUGGACAAAAGGUAUUUGUGAAGGUGCUGGAGAAUUAAUUCAUGCAAAUCAUCGUUACUCUGGUCAGUUUGCAGACAAUUGUAUGAAAGGAAAGGGAAAGUAUCUUUUUGAUAUUGGAUGCGAACAACUGGGGGAAUACAACGUCCAAGAAGAUCAAAUACAAGGAGAAACAGAAGAAGAUGAACCUACUACUGUACUUAAAGCUUUGUGGAAACCAAAAACAUUAUGUGGUAUUGAAGGGCAAGCAUCAUGAAUGAACACAAAUAUGCAAACAUAAUAUGUUAUCCAUUUAUAUUUGCAGUGGGGAUCAGGGGGUGUAAACAUUUAAGUCCAAGUUAACACAUGUAGAAACAUCAUUAAAUAUAUUGCAUACUUUUCAUAAUCAUAUCCUUAAAUGUAAAUUUACUUUUAUCAGCAUUAUCUUUCAUUCUCCAUUUAUAUUUUCAAGAUUUAUUAAUUUCUCACAAUCGUUUUAUACUUGGAAGCUUGUGGUUUUGUGUUCAUUUACAUAAUAAAUGUUCAUAAAUGGUAACACAGAGCUUCUCGCUCAAUCA